AUGAAGUUCCUCUUAGCGCUGCCGUUACUUCUCGGAGCAACAAGUGUGGAAGGACACUCAGGCCUUCCUCAACCUCUGGCUCUCGCUUCCUCAUUUUCCCACAUCUACCACCAACUUGGCAAGAUCAAUAUUGGGAAUUGCUCUCUCGCAAAUGUAUCCCUCCCGUUGAGCGCGACAAAAUUACAACUUCCAGUCCCCUCCAAGGAUUUGACCCUCAAAUAUGUUGCAUUGGGUCGAGGAACACAGAACUAUACAUGUCCAUCGAAUGCUUCUUCAGAUUCCAAAACCACCAUCAAGCCCAAAGCCACAGGAGCGGCCGCUACGCUCUUCGACGCCUCCUGCAUUGCAUCAUCAUCUUUAACUCUUCUCCACGAAAUCCCCGCAAUCAUCAGCGCCACUCCUCUUGAAUCUCUCGCAUUCAUGGCAACCCUUAUGGCCCAGAGCACGAGAAGCACCAACCUCAUCAUUGGUGAACAUUACUUUGACGCUGACGGAGAGCCGAUCUUUGACAUGGAGCUCAGUGGCUCUAAGUCCUGGAUUGCUGCUAGUAAGAUAGCCUCUUCCCCAGCGCCAAAGUCAAGAUCAAAAUCCUCCGACGAUGUUCCGUGGCUUAAGUUAGGACACAAGAAGGGAAAGGGCAUUCAGGUAGGCUCAAGUGAUCCAUCGCUCCCGAUCUGA